UUCCAAGUUCCAACACGAACUAACAAAAGUGCCCGCCAAAAUCCCCACCCAAAACAAAAAUAGUCCACCAAUCAACAAUCUUUCAUGCUCCUUCCAACUACCCUUCAACUCCUCCCUUCUCGUCUCCAUUGCAGGUGUGUUCCAAUGACCAAACCUCAACCAUCCCAACGUUGCGCCAAAUUUAAAUCCCUUCAAUCCAAUGCAAUUACCGACGAAAACCCAUCUCAAUCUAAACUCAAAUUUCGUUCUUCCAAGACCAAAUUCAAAUUAAAAGCUCCAUUAUCUCCAGAACGUCCAAUUCCCAACACUUCUGAGCUUAUUUACCAGAAUUUGGCUAUUUUAGGGGCCAAUUUCUACUCUGUUGAUGCUCUUGAUCUUGCCCCUCUUCUUCUUGGCAAGUUUAUUCGACGCGAUGAUGUUAUACUGCAGAUAACGGAGGUGGAAGCUUAUAGGCCGAAUGAUUCAGCGUGUCAUGGUCGGUUCGGCAUUACAGCGAGGACAGCUCCUGUUUUUGGACCAGGCGGACAUGCGUAUGUGUAUCUCUGCUAUGGUCUUCACAUGAUGCUUAACGUUGUUGCUGACAAGGAUGGUGUUGGAGCGGCUGUGUUGAUACGUUCUUGUGCUCCUGUUAGUGGUUUGAAGACAAUUCAGCAGCGUCGUGGUCAGAUUACUGAUAAACCUGUUCUUCUUGCUGGGCCAGGAAAGGUUGGCCAAGCACUUGGAUUAUCAACUGAAUGGUCGAAUCAUCCCCUUUAUGCGCCUGGUGGUUUAGAACUUCUGGAUGGACCAAAGCCGGAAAAGAUAGUGGUUGGUCCCCGUGUUGGCAUAAAUUAUGCUUUACCUGAGCAUGUAAAUGCAUUAUGGAGAUUCGCUAUUGCAGGUACCCCAUGGAUAAGUGCUCCAAAGAACACACUUAGAUCACCCUAACAUCAAGGAAAUUCUUACAACAAAAUGUAAGAGGUAAUUAAAUGACUGCAAAGUGAGAGAGCCAAACUUAGACUUUGUAUUUAGCUCUUGUUUACUAACUACAUGCUAGGAGGAAGAAAGAAUUCGCGUUUCCUCUCCCUUUCGGGUGUCUAGCAGUUCUUAGAGUGUAGCUAUUAUUAGCUUUGAAACAUUGUACAUACUGUAAAAAGUAAAAAAUAUGAUCUCUUUAAUCAUUGAAGAAUCUAAGACAAGCUUCAUGAUGCUUACUUUCUUCAUUUUUUUCCUUUUCUUUUUACUGGCAGUACCUACUUGUUAUUGCAAGAGGUUACUAGUUAA